GCUCUUGUCUCCAUUUUGUGAGAGCUGGUGAGAACGAGCCGACCGGGCGUCCCAGCGAGCAGAACCCACUAAAACAACCAGAACAGGAGAGAAAAGAGACAGUCAGCAGCCGAACCGCCCCAGAACCAAGUUAUUAUCCGAAAGGAAAGCAAAUCUUAUCGUAUGUCCGCUAUCCAGAACCUCCAAACUUUUGACCCCUUUGCUGAUGCAACUAAGGGUGAUGACCGCCUCCCAGCCGGGACUGAGGACUACAUCCACAUAAGAAUCCAGCAGAGGAACGGCAGGAAGACCCUCACCACUGUCCAGGGCAUCUCGGCCGACUAUGACAAGAAGAAGCUAGUCAAGGCCUUCAAGAAGAAGUUCGCCUGCAAUGGGACAGUGAUUGAGCAUCCGGAGUAUGGUGAAGUGAUCCAACUUCAGGGAGAUCAGCGCAAGAAUAUCUGCCAGUUCCUGAUUGAGAUUGAUCUGGCCAAGGAGGAGCAGCUCAAAGUCCACGGCUUCUAGACGCGGCCGGCGGCCCCCCCCCUCUCUCCUGGACGGCCAUCACGACCCCUGCAACCCUGACCCCCUCCUUUAUGUGCUGCUGUUGCCCUUCCUCCUUCUCCCCCCUCCUCUGCGACCCCACCAGCUCCUCUUAGCCAGCGGGCGAAUUACCUCUGAAGAACAUGGGACUCUGUACCUCCACUACCGCCCUGCGACACCAGGGGGCAGCCUUGCUCUCACACAGACACACCGCUGCAGCUCCACACAUCAGGGAUGAGUGGUGACGACCCUCCCUCACACACUUCCUCCUUCCAUGUCCCUCUGGUUUUUCUUUUAGGUGCCACAAGGAGGCGCUGCUUCAUGUAACGUUUUUGUUUUGUACUUUAAGGUGUUUCAAUAAAACGAUGAGUCUCCA